AUGGCUACAGAAACAAAGAAAAAUUCACACUCACCGCCGAGUGCUUUGUCAGGGGCUCCGCUGCUGAAAGGCCGCGACUUCCAACCUGCCCUAAAACAAACGUCAUGUAAACAGGGCUGUUUCAAGUUGAAGAAUGUAAAAGCUCUCAGAAAAACAAUGACCCAGCACGGCCACGGCAACACUGAUCUAGAGGCUUACUGCAACAGCUACACUGUUGCGUGCGAGGGCAGCGUGCACGACAGCCCGCUGGAGUUCAAGGACAUCAUGCCGGACAACCCGCGCGACUACGACAAAAUGGCUCCCCCGAAGGGCGGCAACGAGCCCACCACCGUCUUCUUCCACGUCACUGUCAUGAGCCUCGACUCCAUCGACGAAAGCUCCAUGACAUACGCCGCGGACAUCUUCUUCGCCCAAAGCUGGAAGGACUGGCGUCUGCGUCUUCCCGAUAACAUGACCCACGACUACCGUCUGUUGCCCGUCAAUUGGCUCAAGGAUAUUUGGCGGCCGGAUUCUUUCUUCAAGAACGCGAAGCAAGUCACCUUCCAGGAAAUGACCAUCCCCAAUCACUACAUCUGGCUCUAUCAAGAUAAUACCAUUCUCUAUAUGGUCAAGCUGACUCUGGUGUUGUCAUGUGCGAUGAACUUCCAGAUUUACCCUCACGACACUCAGGAGUGCCAUAUGAAGAUUGAGAGUCUAUCACACACGACGGAUGACUUGGUCUUCAUGUGGGACCCAAAUGUGCCUCUCGAAGUGGAUCGGAAUAUCGAACUUCCACAACUCGAUUUGGUAAAGAAAUACACCGGCGAUUGUACGCAAGUUUACUCAACAGGGAACUUCACCUGCCUGGAGAUCGUGUUCACCUUCAAGCGCCGACUCGGCUACUAUCUCUUCCACACGUACGUCCCGACCUGCCUCAUCGUCAUCAUGUCCUGGAUCAGCUUCUGGAUCCGGCCGGAGGCGGUGCCGGCGCGGGUCACAUUGGGGGUCACGUCGCUCCUCACGCUCUCCACGCAGCACGCCAAUUCGCAGAAGGCGCUGCCGCCAGUGUCCUAUAUUAAGGCCAUAGACGUGUUCAUGUCCUCGUGCACGGUGUUCGUGUUCUUCUCCCUGAUGGAGUACGCGCUCGUCAACGUGGUGUUGGGCGACGUGCCGGAGGAGUACAAGAAGACGAGGCCGAGGACGCUCAUGCACUUACCCAACAAACAGUUGGAGGCCAUCACCACCAUCACCUCCCCCCUGGCCUCACCUGCCAACGGUCUCUCUCCGCUGGAGAUGAUGGCAGCCAGCUCUUGUCCGGCGCACCUCUCUCCGGCUCCGCACAUCACGACCACCCACAUGGUCAACGGGCCUGUCUUCCACCACGGUAUGCAGCACACAACUCAGCAUAGCACUAUCCAGCACAGUGUUAACUUCGGCCUGCCUCCUCCUCCGCCGCCGCCGCCGAUAGGAAACGUAAAAGCUAAUCAGGGACACACGCGACGUCGAGAGAAGGCCAUCCUGAUCGACCGCGUGUCCCGCAUCCUGUUCCCGAUGUCCUUCACUGUCCUAAACGUCAUCUACUGGAGCGUCUUCGUCGUCAAGUGGUUCUGA